AUGAUGAUGCAAGAAAAAAAAGACGACGCAAAGGAAAGUGAUGACGCAAGAAGUGUGGUUCCCUCCCGCAUGAAACGUACUCAAGACAUAGACAUCACCGAACAACAACCUCUUAAAGCAUGGGUUCGUACUGUGGUGUUUACCAAUCAGGAGAAGUCAUUUGAUAAUUUUGCGGAGGACGACCGAGAGUUUGUUUCCUCUAAUCAUGUGACAGCGCAAGAAGUCUCAAAUUCUGAUGAAGAAAUAGAGACCGAGGUGGCUCCCAAAAUACUUGAAGAUGGGGGGCAGACGACUGUGGACGAACUAAAAGAGUUAAACCUUGGAACUCUUGAAGAACCACGUCCUGUGUAUGUUAGCUCUCUUCUCACUCAAGAGGAAGAACAUGAGUAUGCUGAAUUACUCUCAGAGUUUAAAGACGUCUUUGCUUGGAGCUAUAAAGAAAUGCCUGGUCUCGACCCGAGAAUUGCUGUCCAUCGCUUGGCGAUAAAAAAGGGUGUUAGUCCAAAGAAACAAUCUCAAAGACGUUUUAGACCGGAGUUGAUCCCUGAAAUUGAAUCCGAGGUAAACAAACUUAUUGGUGCAGACUUUAUUCGUGAAGUCAAAUACCCCACAUGGAUAGCAAAUGUAGUCCCCGUGAGAAAGAAAAAUGGACAAUUACGGGUUUGUGUGGACUUUCGUGACUUGAACGAAGCAUGCCCGAAAGACGAUUUCCCGCUACCAGUCACGGAAAUAAUGAUAGAUGCUACGACUGGUCAUGAAGCAUUGUCUUUCAUGGACUGUACAGCCGGAUACAAUCAAAUCUGCAUGGCUCCCGAAGAUCAAGAAGCGACAGCGUUCCGCACACCGAAAGGGAUAUUUUGCUAUAAAGUCAUGCCCUUUGGAUUGAAGAACGCAGGAGCCACGUAUCAACGUGCGAUGCAGAAAAUUUUUGAAGACAUGAUGCACAAGAUAGUGGAAUGCUACGUUGAUGACUUAGUAGUCAAGUCCAAAAAGAGGGAGAGUCAUUUGUCUGAUCUCCGCAAAGUCUUUGAAAGAUUACGAAAAUGUCAACUAAAAAUGAAUCCCCUUAAAUGCGCAUUCGGUGUCACAUCUGGAAAAUUUCUAGGUUUCAUUGUCAGGCAUAGGGGUAUCGAAAUUGAUCAGACAAAGAUUAAGGCAAUCCAAGAAAUGCCCGAACCUCGAAACCUUAAAGAACUUCGUGGUCUUCAGGGGCGUUUGGCAUACAUUCGAAGGUUCAUCUCCAACCUUGCUGGGAGAUGUCACCCAUUCAACCAUCUCAUGAAAAAAGAUACUUCGUUCGACUGGGAUGACUCGUGUCGAAAGGCAUUCGAAAGCAUAAAAAAGUAUUUGUCUUCUCCACCAGUGUUGGGGGCACCAGUCAAAGGAAAACCUCUUAUCCUUUACAUUGCUGCACAAGAGCGGUCGUUGGGGGCAAUGUGCGCUCAAGAAAUAGAGGAUCGCAAAGAGACGGCUCUUUACUACCUGAGUCGGACUUUGGUGGGUGCUGAAUUGAACUACUCACCCAUUGAAAAAAUUUGUCUUGCUUUGGUUUUUGCCAUCCAAAAGUUAAAGCAUUACAUGCAGGCUCAUACAGUCCAUGUCAUCUCAAAAGCUGACCCAAUCAAGUAUAUCCUUUCAAGACCAGUUCUCUCAGGACGACUUGCUAAAUGGGUUGUACUCAUAAAACAAUAUGACAUUGUGUACGUGCCGCAAAAAUCGGUCAAAGGUCAAGCAAUAGCAGAUUUCUUUGCAGAUCAUCCAGUGCCACCUGAAUGGGAGCUUUCUGUUGAUUUGCCUGGGGAGGAUGUGUUCUAUAUUGACGUACUCCCACCUUGGGAAAUGUAUUUUGACGGGGCUGCUCGUCAAGAUGGCGCGGGAGCUGGGGUUGUCUUUUUGUCUCCAGAAAAGCAUGUUCUGACUUACUCGUUUGUGUUAACUCAGUUAUGCUCAAAUAAUAUGGCCGAAUACCAAGCCCUCAUUCUAGGCCUCCAAAUGGCUGUGGGACUAGGAUUAAAGGACUUGGAUAUUUACGGAGACUCACAGCUAGUGAUUAGCCAACUCUUAGGAGAAUAUGAAGUCAAGAAAGAGGAUUUAAUUCCUCAUCACAGACAUGCAACAAAAUUGCUUGAGAAGCUUGACACUGUUAAGUUAAAUCAUGUCCCAAGGAGUGCCAACAAAAUGGCUGACGCACUUGCAGGGCUUGCAGCCACUUUGGCACUGGGGGCAGAAGAAACCAUGUCAGUACCGGUUUGUAACCGUUGGGUCGUUGCGUCAGACAUAGACGAAAUUGAAGAUGAGGAAUAUGAGGAAGUCGACAUGAUCACUGUUCAUCAAGUUGACCAAGAAGAUUGGCGUCAACCAAUUGUUGACUAUCUAAGUCAUCAAAAAUUGCCUAGUGACCCAAGGAAUAGAAUGGAGAUUCGUCGUCGAGCCCCUCGAUUUAUACUUUUUAAUGGAACUUUGUUUCGACGAUCUUUCAACCACUCAUGGUCGAGAUGCAUCGGAGACGAGGAAACAAUGAAAGCCAUGGAAGAGGCUCACGCUGGAAUUUGUGGUGCACAUCAAUCAGGUCCUAAAUUGUAUGAUUGCCUUAAAACAAUGGGCUAUUAUUGGCCAACAAUGGUGCAAGAUAGCAUGGACUACGCGAAGAAAUGUGAAGCUUGUCAGUUUCAUGCUAAUUUCAUCCACCAGCCUCCAGAACCAUUGCACCCUACGGUCUCAUCUUGGCCUUUUGAAGCAUGGGGACUUGACGUGGUUGGUCCAAUUACACCAAAGUCGUCUGCGGGUCAAGCAUAUAUCUUAGCAGCAACUGAUUAUUUCUCUAAGUGGGCGGAGGCCAUUCCUCUUCGCGAGGUCAAGAAAGAAAAUGUCGUCGACUUCAUUCGUACCCACAUCAUUUACAGGUACGGUAUACCUCGACGGAUCAUCACUGACAAUGGGAAGCCAUUCUUCAACACAUUGAUGACAAGUCUUUGUGAGAAGUUUAAAUUCACGCAGCAUAAAUCGUCCAUGUACAACGCUCCUGCAAAUGGCCUAGCGGAAGCCUUCAAUAAAAAACUUUGUAAAUUGUUGAGCAAAGUUGUUUCAAAAUCAAAACGCGACUGGCAUGAAAGGAUAGGGGAAGCUCUUUGGGCUUACAGGACGUCAUACAAAACAGCAACACAAUCAACCCCAUACGCUUUGGUGUAUGGUGUCGAAUCUAUUUUGCCUUUGGAACUUCAAAUUCCAUCAUUGCGAGUAGCUAUUCAAGAAGGGUUGACUAAUGAUGAUAAUGACAAACUUCGUCUAGCAGAGUUAGAGGCACUUGACGAGAAAAGACUGCAGGCACAACAGAAAUCGGAAUGCUAUCAGGCUCGUCUGUCACGCGCAUUCAACAAGAAAGUUCGACCUCGCUCUUUUCAAGUGGGGGACAUAGUUCUAGCAGUGAGACGACCUAUCAUUACUUCACGUAAGACUGGAAGUAAAUUCACUUCAAAAUGGGAUGGUCCAUAUGUUGUGCAAGAGGUAUACACUAAUGGGGCUUACAAAAUCGUUGACGCAGAAGGACUACGCGUGGGGCCUAUCAACGGCAAGUUUCUAAAGCGGUACUACUCAUGA